AUGAAUUCCGUUGCACUUGAAAGUAAAACGAAGCUACCCCAAAAAAUAUUAGAAGUGAUUACCGAUGGUCAAGCCCUCGCUCAGCUCUCAAUUGCGUCUUCACAAACAUCCGAGAUUCUCAAUUCCAGCGCAAAAAAUCUUUGCAAUAUUGAGCCGAGUGUUAAAACUACUGAAGAACUACUUGAAAGUAUUGAUAAAAUAAUUGAUGAAACUCAAGAAGCGUUUCCAAAAGUUGACAAUGGGUAUGUUUUGUAA